GACAAUAUGGCCAAGUACUUGUUCAAUAUAUAUCAAGGUGUGAAGAGUCUGGACAUGUUCUCACAGAAGUUCACCAUGAGCUUCAACAACAAGAAGAAUUACCAAACUUUUAUUGGAGCGGUGUUCUCAAUAAUCCUUGUGACUAUUACUUCACUGUAUGCAGCCAGACUUCUGCAAGAAAUGUUUGGAAGAACUCGGCUGCAAAACAACUACAGCAUCGAGAAAGCCAAUUACAAAGAAAACCCAUUGAAUGUCAAUCUGAACGAAGAAGGGAUAUACUUGGCUUUCCAGUGGGUGUCACCAGAUGAAACAGUAGACUUCUUUGGCUCUGGUAUUGGGAAGAUUUAUCUACAUUCUGUCAAUUUUGAUGCUUCAACAUCUAAUAUGACAGAAGAAUUUUUACUUUCAAAUGCAACUUCUGAAAUAGUGAAGUGUAACGAUACGAGCUUUCCAAUCUCCAAAGUUGAGGGAAGCUCUGAUAUUUCCAGCCAAGACCUCUAUUGAUUCAAAAAUACUAGCUUGAUGAAGAUAUCUCAUGGCAGUCAAUCUAACUUGAAGUUUUAACAAUAUUGGUAUAUAUGCGAGAUCUUGUAGUUAUCUUGAGUGCCCUGGUAAUUAUUCUGAAAUAGUUGGGUCAUUGAGCUAUCUUAAAAUCUAUAUUAUUAGUAAAGCAAUUGAUUCUUCAGAUCCGACUAAUCCAGUGAAGAGUUAUUACACUGACCCCUUUAUUCUAGAGAUGUCUUUGACAAUGUCUUCGUAUUUUCUCUAUCAAAUGCAAAAGACUCAAUAUAAAGUUAAUGAUUGGGAUUCACUAAUCACUGGAGGGACUGAAGGAGCUUAUUAUGACCUCCUUUUUGAUCGUAAUUCGGAUUUUGCACCAACUUAUACUUCCACAGCAUCAUAUUUAGAAUUUACUGCUGGUGAUAAUUAUGAAAUCGUGGAGAUCAAUGUUAUUGGAUUCAUGGAUGUUCUUGGUCUGAUUGGAGGGCUCUAUGAAGUCCUUUCCAUUUGCUUUGGCCUGGUCACUAAAAUAAUUUCAAUGAUUCUGAUUAAAAGAGAACUCAAGAAAAUCCAAACACAAGUAAAUACUACGAAACAGUGGUUUUCUUUCAACUCUUCAGGGUUAAAACCAGUUAAGAAAAGAAGAAAGAAAUGAGUAAGGAAUACAAACAGAGUGGAGGCAGUUCAAGUCAGCUCUCAGAGAGAGAAUCCGAACAAUGAUAGAAGUCAGUUGUAUAAUAUGCAACCUCACGAGAGACAUAGAAAUAACAUUGUGUCUUCCAUUCCAACAAUUAAAGACAUUCAGAAGAAGAGACGAUACCAUCAAAUUCAGCAAGGAGUUGAUAUAGUUGACAUAUCCCAGUCUUUACACGAACUCAAGCUCUAUGUGUCCUACCUGCUUGACAAAGAUAAUUCUCUUACUGAGCCCCCAGAAGAUGAAGCUCCAGAACCUCCUUUGAAAUCAGAGGUUGAGUGUAUAGAGGAGUCUAAGGAGAUGCUGAACCCUCCACUUAUUACAAAACCUAGAACAAGAUUUGCUCAAAUGAUGGUUCAGAAAAGAAAACGCCUUACUUUGAAUAAUGCCAAUCUUUCCAGAAAGAAAACUCUUGGUUUGAAGCCAAAUUAAAACCCAGAAUCUUAGUCUUAAAAGUAUUUACAUCCUGCAUAAUUUGGUUUGGGAUGGGUCCUCAUAUUUCCACUUAAUUACACAGAGGAAGGAUCAUUUAGAAAUGAAUGAAUUCAAAUUCUUUGGGUAAAGUCUCCAAAUUAUCAAAACUUAUCCCUUCAUUCAGGGUGGAAAAUGCUGAAGUUAAAUAUAAAAUCAAAACGGGAUUUGGAAGGAAUGUUUAUUACACUUAUAGCAAACAGGCUUCAUAAA